AUGGCCUGCCAAAUGCUCUUGACGAUACUGGUCUGCCCCUGCUCUGACCAGCCUGCCGUAGCGCUUCUGGUGGCGUCCGGAUGCCUCGCCUUGAUGGACACGCCAGGCAUCAUGCUUAAUGAACAGUACUGCCGACGGUAUCGGCCGCAAUCCAUAUUAUCUAGAACCGGAACUUUUUGGAUGGCCGACGGUGUCACCGUCAACACCGGUCGAGGUUUUGACCAGCUUGGCAGAUAA